AUGCAAUGCCCAGCUAGAAUCAUCCCUGAAUCCUUGAAAGGCAAAGUAAAGGAUGCACUUGAUGAUCUUCAGGCAAAAGACAUCUUCGAAGAAGUCAGCUCUCCAACUGAUUGGGUAAAUCAGAUGGCUGUGGUGCAGAAAAAAUCUGGUAAAGUACGUGUUUGUCUAGACCCCAGACCUCUCAACAUCGUGCUUAAGAGGGAGCACUAUCCCUUACCUGUCUUAGAUGAUAUUCUACCUCAGCUUUCAGAUGCUACAGUCUUUUCAAUCUGUGACUUGAAAGACGGAUACCUUCACUGCAAGUUAGAUGAAGAGUCUAGUUUACUGACUACUUUUGCCACACCCUGGGGAAGGUACAAAUGGAAACGUCUUCCAUUUGGUAGUGAAAUCUUCCAAAAGAGGCUUCACCAAGCACUUGAUGGUCUUUCUGGAGUCCGCUCUGUGGCCGAUGACAUAAUCAUCUGGGGCAACAGUGAUGCUGAGCAUGAUGCCCGACUACAUUGUCUACUGAAGAGAUGUCAGGCUGUUGGCAUUGUGUUGAACAAGGAGAAAUGUCAGUUCCGACUGAAGGAAAUCACAUUCCUUGGCCACAUCGUAUCCAGCUCUGGACUCAAACCUGAUCCAUCAAAGAUCGAAGCUAUCCUGAACAUGACUAAUCCUUCUUGCAAAGAUGACAUCCAUCGCUUGUGUGGCAUGGUAAACUACCUAUCCAGAUACCUACCUAAGUUAUCAGAUGUGAUGAAACCUCUCAAUGACUUGACGCAUAACAACUCAGCGUGGACUUGGGACUCCAACCACGACAAAGCUUUCAAGGUGUUGAAAGAGAUGCUAGUGCAGGCACCUGUGUUGGCCUUCUACGAUCAUAGCAAACCGCUAGAAAUUCAGACAGAUGCCAGCUCCACAGGCGUAGGUGCGGUUAUGCUACAAGAUGGAAGACCGAUAGCCUAUGCUAGCAGAAUGCUGAGUAAUGCCGAAUCCAGAUACUCUGUCAUUGAGAAAGAAAUGCUCGGUAUAGUAUUUGCACUGGAGAAAUGGAAUCAAUACACCUAUGGCCGUGAAUUAGCUGUGUUCACUGACCACAAACCUCUUGAAAGCAUCUGCAAGAAACACCUGGAUAGAGCUCCAAAUUGUCUGCAAGGGUUACUGCUACGAGCUCUUGCAUAUGACAUACAAGUGAGAUAUCUCAAGGGCAAGGACAACGUCCUGGCUGAUGCUCUUAGCCGUGCUUCUCUUCCCUAUGAGAGUGGACAACAUGAUCUAGAAGUGGUGAAUGCUGUUAACCACUUGGCACUACCUGAUGACAAGAUAGCAGAGAUAAAAAGACAGACUGCCAAUGACCCUACUCUCUGCCAACUCAAAGACACCAUUCUUGAAGGGUGGCCAGACCACAAGUCACAACUUCCUCAGUCACUCACCCCAUACUUUGGUUUCAGAGAUGAACUUUCUGUCAGUGAUGAUCUAAUCUUCAAGGGUGAACGGCUUGUAGUCCCAAAACAAGUCAGGCACAAAAUGAAAGAGGAGUUACAUCGUGGUCACAAUGGUGUCGAGUCAACUUUGAGGAGAGCUCGUGAUCAUCUCUACUGGCCGGGCAUGAGUAAAGAAAUCCAGGAAUUUAUUCAAACAUGUGCCACAUGCCAAGAAAACUCCAGCUCACAGCUUGCCCAGCCUCUGAUGUCGCACCAGAUUAUAGACAGACCAUGGGCUAAAAUAGGACUGGAUCUUUUCCAUCAUAGUAAUGACACAUAUUUGAUCAUGAUCUGUUACUACUCAAACUACUUUGAGAUAGAAAAACUACAGAGGACAACUGCCCCUGCAGUCAUCAAGAAACUGAAACAGCAGUUUGGGAGAUAUGAAGUACCCGAAAUCAUCGUAUCUGACAAUGGUCCUCCUUUCUCCUCUAACGAAUUUGCUGAAUUUGCCAAAAAGCUUGCAGUUAAGCAUAAUACCAUCUCUCCAUACAACAGCAAAGCUAAUGGCAAAGCAGAGUCUGCUGUCAAUACUGCAAAAAGACUACUUACAAGAUGCAAGGAUACUGGAGAUGAUGUUAAUCUAGCCUUACUCAACAUUCGUAACACCCCUACACAAGUUCGCUGUGAGGGCCAGGUUCUCAGAAGGAACAGAGAACACCUCAGAGCCACAUCUGAACCACAAGAUGUACAUGACACUGGUCCUGCUCUUUUCAACUGGAGACGUUCUGAUGGUAAUCCUCAACCUGAUGUACCAACUACUGAGCGCCAUACUUCCUAUACCAGGACCCAGAUAUCCCAGAACGCGGAUAUUAACAGUCCGGAGAAGUCGCGUGAUCCAAACUUGAAUACCUCAGAAACGGAACCAACCAAACCCAGCUUCCCUAAGACGAUCUAG